UUCUACCAAAGUGAAAGAUGCGAAAACCGUUCCACGGUCGCUGUUUCACCCGGUCAUUAGGAAAGUGAACACACUCAGAUGUAAACAAGAGAAAAACAUGGCUUCGCCCUUGAUCAGGUGCUUCUCAAAGGUUGGUAGGCAGGUGUCCCGACCAUGGAGUGUGUGCCAACAUGGGCUGCGGAACAGAUCCACCCAACCAGACAUGUCUGCAGAGCAGGCUGCUGCUCUGGGGGUCUCCUACCCUCCACUACAGACAUAUUCUGAGGAGGAGGGGAUGAUGAGGGAUGCUGUGAACAAGUUUGCACAGGAGCGUCUUGCCCCGUUUGUGUCGAAGAUGGACGAAAACUCUCUCAUGGACCCGGAAGUGAUAAAGUCACUCUUUGAACAGGGGCUGAUGGGCAUAGAGAUCGACCCAGAGUACGGAGGAACCGGCUCCACGUUCUUCUCCUCCAUCCUGGUCAUUGAGGAGCUGGCCAAAGUGGACGCCUCCGUGGCCGUGCUGUGUGACAUCCAGAACACCCUCAUCAACACGCUGUUCACCAAGCUGGGGACCGCAGCCCAGAAAGAGCGGUAUCUCAGCCGGCUGUCAACAGACAUGGUUGGUAGUUUCUGCCUGUCAGAAGCAGAGUCGGGGAGCGAUGCCUUCUCUCUGAAGACGCGCGCUGACAAACAUGGAGACUAUUACAUCAUCAACGGUUCCAAGAUGUGGAUCAGCAAUGCAGAGCAAGCCGGGGUGUUUCUGGUGAUGGCCAACGUGGACCCGUCUGCUGGUCACCGAGGUAUCAGCUGCUUCGUCGUGGACAGAGACACCGAGGGGCUUCAGAUCGGCAAGAAGGAGAACAAACUGGGUCUGAGAGCUUCUUCAACCUGUCCUCUCAACCUGGAUAACAUCAAGGUUCCUGAGAAGAACGUCUUGGGUCAGAUCGGCCACGGAUACAAGUACGCCAUCGGCAUGCUGAACGAAGGCAGGAUUGGGAUCGCUGCUCAGAUGCUGGGACUGGCUCAGGGUUGCUUCGACCAGGCCGUUCCCUACACCAGACAGAGGGUUCAGUUUGGCAAACGCAUCUUCGACUUCCAGGCCAUGCAGCACCAGAUCGCCCAUGUAGCCACCCAGAUAGAGGCUGCCAGGCUGCUUACCUACAACGCUGCCCGGCUGAAGGAGGCAGGACGACCUUUCAUCAAGGAGGCCUGCAUGGCCAAGUACUUCACCUCAGAGGUGGCAACGUUGACCACUUCAAAAUGCAUCGAGUGGAUGGGAGGGGUAGGCUUCACCAAAGACUACCCUGUUGAGAAGUACUACAGAGAUUGUAAAAUAGGUACCAUUUAUGAGGGCACAACCAACAUCCAGCUGUCCACCAUGGCCAAGUUUAUAGACAAGGAGUAUGAUCACUGACCUCCUGACCUGGUCUGGCUGUUUCCUCAUCGUGUAGACUGAUCUCCUGACCAGGACCUCCUGCCCUGGUCUGGCUGUUUCCUCAUCGUGUAGACUGAUCUCCUGACCUGACCUCCUGCCCUGGUCUGGCUGUUUCCUCAUCGUGUAGACUGAUCUCCUGACCUGAUCUCCUGACCGUAUCCUCAGCAUGGAGCCUGACCUCCUGACCUGACCUCCUGACCUGGUCUCCUGACCGUAUCCUCAGCAUGGAGCCUGACCUGACCUCCUGACCUGGUCUCCUGACCGUAUCCUCAGCAUGGAGCCUGACCUCCUGACCUGAUCUCCUGACCUGGUCUCCUGACCGUAUCCUCAGCAUGGAGCCUGACCUCCUGACCUGACCUCCUGACCUGGUCUCCUGACCGUAUCCUCAGCAUGGAGCCUGACCUCCUGACCUGACCUCCUGACCUGGUCUCCUGACCGUAUCCUCAGCAUGGAGCCUGACCUCCUGACCUGACCUCCUGACCUGAUCUCCUGACCGUAUCCUCAGCAUGGAGCCUGACCUCCUGACCUGGUCUCCUGACCGUAUCCUCAGCAUGGAGCCUGACCUGACCGACCUCCUGACCUGGUCUCUUGACCUGAUCUCCUGACCUAGUCUCUUGACCGUAUCCUCAGCAUGGAGCCUGACCUGACCUCCUGACCUGAUCUCCUGACCGUAUCCUCAGCAUGGAGCCUGACCUGACCUCCUGACCUGAUCUCCUGACCGUAUCCUCAGCAUGGAGCCUGACCUCCUGACCUGACCUCCUGUCCUGGUCUCCUGACCGUAUCCUCAGCAUGGAGCCUGACCUCCUGACCUGACCUCCUGACCUGGUCUCCUGACCGUAUCCUCAGCAUGGAGCCUGACCUGACCGACCUCCUGACCUGGUCUCUUGACCUGAUCUCCUGACCUAGUCUCUUGACCGUAUCCUCAGCAUGGAGCCUGACCUGACCUCCUGACCUGAUCUCCUGACCGUAUCCUCAGCAUGGAGCCUGACCUGACCUCCUGACCUGAUCUCCUGACCGUAUCCUCAGCAUGGAGCCUGACCUCCUGACCUGGUCUCCUGACCGUAUCCUCAGCAUGUAGACUGACCUGACCUCCUGACCUGAUAUCCUGACCGUCAUACACUCCUCUGUGACCAACUGGAUUUGAUCACUCGUUGUUGAACUGUUGUGGGAUUUAGGGCUCUAUUCAAUCUGAAUGGUUGGAAGUUCAGCGUUUUACAGCAUGAUAUGAACAUUUUAAAGGCCAUGUUCCCGGGUUAGUGGAGACCGUAAACAACCUGUACCACUUCAGCCACCCAGACUGAAUAGAGCCCUUAGUGUCAGACAUUACUGUAGAGGUCAAUGGUGAACCACUGCUGACUGUAUAGUACUAGAGGAAGCUCCAUAAUCAUGUUCACUUCGCAUCUGAUGCUUUCCACUAUGGAUGGAUUGAUGGUUACUGGUUCCAGACCUGGAGAUAGAUGGUGUAAACAGUUGGAAACACCAUGGUGUUUUGGAACAACUGUUUCCAGACCUGGAGAUAGAUGGUGUAAACAGUUGGAAACACCAUGGUGUUUUGGAACAACUGGUUCCAGACCUGGAGAUAGAUAGUGUAAAGUAGCUCUGGUGGUUUCAACUGGUUCCAGACCUGGAGAUAGAUGGUGUAAACAGUUGGAAACACCAUGGUGUGUUGGAACAACUGGUUCCAGACCUGGAGAUAGAUGGUGUAAACAGUUGGAAACACCAUGGUGUUUUGGAACAACUGGUUCCAGACCUGGAGAUAGAUGGUGUAAAGUAGCUCUGGUGGUUUCAACUGUUUCCAGACCUGGAGAUAGAUGGUGUAAAGUAGCUCUGGUGGUUUCAACUGUUUCCAGACCUGGAGAUAGAUGGUGUAAAGUAGCUCUGGUGUGUUGGUACAACUGUUUCCAGACCUGUUGAUAGAUAGUGUAACAUAGCUCUGGUGUGUUGGUACAACUGUAUCCAGACCUGGAGAUAGAUGGUGUAAAGUAGCUCUGGUGUUUUCAACUGGUUCCAGACCUGGAGAUAGAUAGUGUAAAGUAGCUCUGUUGGUUUCAACUGUUUCCAGACCUGGAGAUAGAUGGUGUAAAGUAGCUCUGGUGUUUUCAACUGUUUCCAGACCUGGAGAUAGAUGGUGUAAAGUAGCUCUGGUGGUUUCAACUGUUUCCAGACCUGGAGAUAGAUGGUGUAAAGUAGCUCUGGUGUUUUCAACUGUUUCCAGACGUGGAGAUAGAUGGUGUAAAGUAGCUCUGGUGUGUUGGUACAACUGUUUCCUGACCUGUUGAUAGAUAGUGUAACAUAGCUCUGGUGUGUUGGUACAACUGUUUCCAGACCUGUUGAUAGAUAGUGUAACGUAGCUCUGGUGUGUUGGUAUUGUUAAGUGUGUUCAACAGUUUUCCCCUACCACAGUACCUUGUGCUUUUUUACAAACGAAUAAGAAUACAUCAUGUUAAUUCAACAGUAUUGGUAUGAUUAUUUACUCAUCUGAUUUUAAAUAGUCUCGUAACAAAUCAGUGCCUUUCAUCCCAGCAUAGUUUGUUGUUUAUUUUGAAACACCAUAAGAUAUAAUAUAAUACCUCCGUUAGCUGUCGUCUGUUGGGUGGUUUCGGCUCUACUGUUGUCACGGUAACCAUGUUUACUACGGUGGAGUCGAUCCAUCCUGUCUUUCAGCACUCUUACUUUGUUUUAAAGAUAUAUCUGGGGAAUUCGUUUCAAGAGAUUGUCUACGUUUUUACUAUUCAUCAACUUCUUUGACCAUACUAAUAAAUAUUGAAUAAGUGUUUUUAA